GCCGCAAAUUAAUUUAGAAAUCGCCCGUGAGAUCGACACAAGUGACAAUUCGAGGUUUAGUCGAUCUGGGGGGUGAAUUUAAGAGAAGAGAGAGUAGUAAAUGGGCAAAUCGGAGCCGAGUAGUGAGACCUAUUUUGAGAGGCGGAGCUCGUCUCUGCUCCAUUCGGCGAGGCGCGUUCGUAAUGAAAGGAGCGCGUGAGCGGCGGUUGCUCUGACUUCCUCGCUCCUCGGCAGCUACAUUGUGUGGAAAGCAGCACGUUGUUGGCUUCUCCACGCUGAACUUUACGCCGAAUUAACGUUCUCCUGUUCGGGGAGAAACCAGAUUCAAAGCUACUAGCUAUUCUCUCAGACGUCUGUAAGUUACCCCAGCUUGCGAAAACAUGUCGGCCUCGGCGGCAAAAGUGAGUAAAAAGGAGCUGAACUCGAACCAUGACGGAGCGGACGAAACCUCCGAGAAAGAGCAGCAAGAAGCUAUUGAACACAUUGACGAAGUUCAAAAUGAAAUUGACAGGUUGAACGAGCAAGCCAGUGAGGAGAUCCUCAAAGUAGAACAGAAAUACAACAAACUCCGUCAGCCAUUCUUUCAGAAGAGGUCAGAACUGAUCGCCAAAAUCCCCAACUUCUGGGUCACCACGUUUGUCAACCAUCCACAAGUAUCUGCCCUACUGGGGGAGGAAGAUGAAGAAGCACUUCAUUACCUGAGCCGAGUGGAGGUGACAGAAUUUGAAGACAUCAAGUCAGGCUACAGAAUAGAUUUUUAUUUCGAUGAAAAUCCGUACUUCGAAAACAAAGUACUUUCCAAAGAGUUCCAUCUGAACGAGAGCGGAGAUCCAUCUUCAAAGUCAACAGAAAUCAAAUGGAAAUCAGGAAAGGACCUGACCAAGCGCUCCAGCCAGACACAGAACAAAGCAGGAAGGAAGAGGCAACAUGAAGAACCAGAGAGCUUCUUCACUUGGUUCACUGAUCAUGCCGACGCUGGUGCUGAUGAGCUCGGUGAGGUCAUCAAGGACGACAUCUGGCCGAACCCUCUGCAGUACUACCUGGUUCCUGAUAUGGACGAUGAAGAGGGUGAAGGUGAGGACGACGAAGAGGAUGAGGAGGGUCUGGAGGACAUUGACGAGGAGGGAGAUGAAGAUGGAGAGGAGGAUGAAGAGGAUGAUGGAGAAGAUGGAGAGGAUGAUGAGGGUGAAGACGACUAAGAAAUAACAUCAUCUGCCCAGACCCUCAACCUUCUAUUCCCUGUUUGGUUUUUCCACUCAUGUUCGGGAGCAAAGGUUUUAAUUUUUUUUUUUUUUUUUUUUUGGUUUUU